AGAGCCGUUACUAUCUAGUAACAGCCAGGGUCACCUCGGCCAAGUGACCCCCCAGCACCUUUCGUCCACGCCAUUCUCGCCAUCCUAUUUGGUGGAAGAAUACGGAAUUUACUCAGCAUGUAUUUUCCCACCCGUCACAGGCGCCAGAGCAUGGGCUCCCAAAAACCACCCGGAGGAUAUUCCAGCCCCCAGAUCUAUCACACCCUGGUAAUCCCCCAUAACGUGGUAUCGCGGCGAGGCGAGAAAUCUGCUAUCGGCAGCUCGCCCGCAGCACGCAUGCCUUUAAAGGUAGGCUAUCGCCGCUCGUCUUACGAGUUUUGGGCCUUUCUUCUCGCGUACCGAGAAAAUAACACCCCGGACGACGGCUACUGCGCUCGUUUUUUUAGACGGAGAGAGAAUCGAGAAUCGAAGGCACCGCGAGACGUCAGAUAUUGGUCAAAGAGGCUUGGGAUCGUUCCCGCCAGUCGACAACCAUGUCGUCCAUGUUAAAGUAUAUCGUCAAAAAUGACGCUAUGAAAUCGGACCCGAAGGAGAUAUACGGAUGGAGGGUUUAUCUCUUGGCUUGUUCCGCCUGUUUCGGCGCCAUGUCUUUUGGAUGGGAUAGCGGUGUGAUCGGCGGUGUUAUUAACCUUGACUCAUUCAUAGACGCGUAUGGUUUAGGAAGCAAAGAUGAUGUCGCGGCAGCCAAUCUUCAAGGAAACAUCGUCUCCGUGUUGCAAGCUGGGUGUUUCGUAGGCUCUCUCGCAGCUUACCCCUUAACCGAUGCCUUCGGUCGCAAACCGUGCUUAAUGGCUGCUGCUCUCUUUACCCUGUCUGGUGUAGCCAUGCAGGCUGCUGCGUCUGGUCACCUUGAGCCGAUGUACAUUGGCCGAUUCAUCUCUGGUCUUGGUGUCGGCGCGUCCAGUGUCAUCAACCCAAUUUACGUUACCGAAAAUGCGCCUCGUGCCAUCCGUGGUCUGCUAACCGGCUUGUAUCAAAUGUUCAUCGUCACCGGCGGCAUGAUAGCGUUCUGGGGCAACUACGCCGUCAGCGUCCACCUGACCGGCCCCAAGCAGUACAUCGUGCCCCUAUCCAUCCAAGGUCUCCCCGCCCUGUUACUCUUCUCCCUGAUGGCCAUCUGCAACGAAUCGCCGCGGUACCUCGCCCGCAAGGACAAGUGGGAGGAGGCCAAGGCCGUGCUCGUGCGCAUCCGCAACCUCGCGCCCGACCACCCGUACCUGCAGGACGAGUUCCAGGAGAUCGCCGACCAGCUCGACUACGAGCGGCGGCUCAUCGGCGACGCCAACUUCUGGUCGCUGCAGAAGGAGAUGUGGACCGUCGCCUCCAACCGCAAGCGCGCCAUCCUUAGCAUCGUCCUCAUGAUCUGCCAGCAGAUGACCGGCACCAACGCCAUCAACGUCUACGCGCCGCAGAUCUUCAAGAACCUCGGCAUCACCGGCACCUCCAACUCGCUUCUCAGCACCGGCGUCUACGGCAUCGUCAAAGUCGUCUCCUGCGCUCUCUUCCUGCUGUUCAUGGCCGACUCACUGGGUCGUAGGCGGUCGCUGCUCGUGUCCUCCGUUGGCCAGGCUUUCUGCAUGUUCUACAUCGGGCUGUACGUGCGCAUCUCGCCCCCCGUGGAUGGACAGCCCGUGCCUGGCGCCGGGUAUUUCGCGCUCGUCUGCAUUUUCAUCUUCGCCGCCUUCUUCCAGUUCGGUUGGGGCCCCGCGUGCUGGAUUCUGGUCUCCGAGAUCCCGGCCGCGCGACUUCGGCCCAUGAACGUCGCGCUAAGCGCUGCGACGCAGUGGUUGUUCAACUUUGUCGUCGCCCGCGCCGUGCCCAAUAUGCUGGCUACCGUCGGCGCGCACGGGUACGGCACGUACCUCAUCUUCGGCAGCUUCUGCGUGUGCAUGUUCUUCUUCGUCUGGUUCUUCAUUCCCGAGACUAAAGGUAUCUCUCUCGAGCAGAUGGAUAAGCUUUUCGGUAUCUCGGAUGAAGAAAGGCUAGAGGUUACCGAGGGUGCGAAGCGUGAUGUGUCGAAGGUCGAAAUCGAGGAGCAUUCUAAUCGGUCGGAUAAUAAAAGCGUAUGAAGUGACAUUAAUGAAGGAUAUGAGAACUAAAAUACCCACUGCUUUUGUAUGAGCUUCUAGUCGGUUUAGAUAGCUAAGGACUUGUUAGAUCCUGCAAUAUUUCAAGUACUUACGAGUUUCCA